AUGAACACUGUCUCCAGCCAAGGUGAGGAAGAACACUCUGUGGCAUUCUGCUACCAGGUGAAUGGGUCUUGCCCGAGGACAGUUCAUCCCCUGGGGGUCCAGCUGGUCAUCUACUUGACCUGUGUACUUGGCAUGCUGAUAACAGUACUAGGAAAUUUGUUUGUCGUGUUUGCUGUGUCUUAUUUCAAAGCACUUCACACUCCUACCAACCUCUUGUUGCUUUCUCUGGCAUUGGCUGACAUGUUUCUGGGUUUGCUGGUGUUGCCCCUUAGCACUGUGCGCUCAGUGGAAAGCUGCUGGUUCUUUGGAGACGUCUUAUGUCGCCUGCACACCUACCUGGACACUCUCUUUUGCCUCACUUCCAUCUUCCAUCUCUGUUUUAUUUCCAUUGACCGCCAUUGUGCCAUCUGUGAGCCCCUGCUGUAUCCCUCCAAGUUCACAAUCAAGGUAGCAUUCAGGUAUAUCCUAGCAGGGUGGGGAGUUCCAGCAACUUACACUGCCUUUUUCCUCUACACAGAUGUGGUUGAGAGAGGGCUCAGCCAGUGGCUGGAAGAGAUGCCUUGUGUGGGAAGUUGCCAACUACUGUUCAAUAAAUUUUGGGGAUGGUUAAACUUUCCUGUAUUCUUUUUCCCUUGCCUCAUUAUGAUUGGCUUGUAUGUGAAGAUCUUUAUAGUUGCUACCAAACAGGUUCAGCAGAUCAGUACCAUGACCAAAAGUCAGACUGGGGCUUCCAAGCGUGAAAGAAAAGCUGCCAAGACCUUGGGCAUUGCCGUGGGCAUAUACCUCUUGUGCUGGCUUCCUUUCACCAUCGACACACUUGUUGACAGCCUCCUUAACUUCAUCACACCACCAUUAGUCUUUGACAUCUUUAUCUGGUUUGCAUACUUCAAUUCAGCCUGCAAUCCCAUCAUCUAUGUCUUUUCCUAUCGGUGGUUCAGGAAGGCACUGAAACUCAUUCUGAGUCGAGAGAUCUUUUCGCCAAGGACACCCACUGUUGAUUUGUACCAAGAAUGA